AUGGACGCAACCUGCAUAAGCGAGUUCCAGAGCGUAUGCUCGAGAUUCGAUGACUACAAUCCUGGGCACCCUACUCCACUAUCCUAUGAAGACCGUCAGCACACAAUACCGGGUUUCGGCGCACGUGUAUCAGGCACGAGCCAAAAAUCCUUUCGACCAGCUCAGCAGGUUCGUGCAGACUUCCACUUGGCAGUGCUCGCGCCGACCUGUGCUUCGCGCAUUCCAGCCAUCUUGAACUCGACAAACGAUCUUAGAGCCUGCAAGGCCAUCCUCAGGGCGAUCCUAACUUCAUCUCCCAUCGCUUCCGCAUACGCAGUCGGUGUUAUCGCCGUGACCGUGGCCGGCAAUGUGCGGGGCUAUGGCGUCUACGUCCGGCGAGAAUGA